UUAUGAACGACCAACCUCUCGUCUGUUCGCAUUGUUCAGCUAAAAAGUUGAACCUUAGCUUCUGUUCGGCAUGCGCGGAAGCAAUGUACUGCUCCACCGAAUGUCAAAAACUUCAUUGGGAAAAGGAGCACAAGCAAACGUGUGGCAAAACAGAUCGCAUUGACAUUGGGAGAUUCUAUCCUCUCCUGGCCAUAUUGGCGGAGACGGCCCGUUUCAAUGGCCUGAAACCGACGCACCCUGCAUUAACCCAUCGUAUCAGCGCUCCGCCCACCAUAGUAGGUUUCCCCGACGGCUCAGCGGCGAAAGUUGUCGAGCUAGGCCCAGAAAUAUCUGUGGAUGACACCAUGAGCGAGAAGUGGUGGUCUACAGCAGCGGGCGCAACGGACCAGACUAGGCGGAAGUUAUUCGCUCGACUAUGCAAGAAGGGGGAGGUCCUGCCUAUUGUAACAUCUCUAUGUCUCGGCCUUCUGGCGACCAUGUACACAACGACUUCUUCCAGAGGGAGCGGCUCCCGUCGGAUACGCCUCCAGUACAAGAGUUGUCCGAUCUCAGACUUUGGUAUUGCCAAAGGUUCCGUCGACGUCAAAUGUCAAGACCAGCUCGCUUACUUCAAUGGCAACAAGUUCUGGAAAGGACAGGAUCCUAACGACCACUACUGGAUCUACUUCAGAACGGUCCGAGGCGAAGAGAUCCUUCUCGACAUUGGAAUGUUUACGUUCAACUUCUGCAUGAUGGUUUCUGCAACGCCUUAUAUCUCCGAUUUGAGCGACUUUCCUGGGCUUGACUACGCUCCGGCCUUUUUCCGUGACAGGCCGCUUGCGAAAAACGUCAUCCAACUCCAUACCGAGCGGAAACGCCUCAUCUGGGAAUUCCUCAACGAUUUCGGCGAAGGAACCACACCUUCCCCGGAUGAGCGACUACCCAUCGUUUACACGCUCAAAAAUCUCAAUGUUCUCAGAGAAGUCUUGAGGAAGCGGACAUGGACUAAGUGGCCAGAGUCGCCACUAUUGGCUAUUGACAGUGAUCCCCACGAAAGAGAUUAUUCUACGGUGGAAGAAGAUGAAGCCUGGUUCAAGAACCUGAAGAAGUGGACGAAGAAAUAUAAAUCGGGUAAGGUAUCUCGGGCAACAUAUGACACGGAGAUCAGGAAAUUGUCUAAGUGAAGAACUAACACACGAGAUGGCUCCCGAGGUGUUCGGCCAUCGGUCCUCCAUCAUACUUUUGAUACUCAUUAUGAUACAGUUGGAAUGUAUAAAAUGAUCUCCGGCCAGCGUUCAUGCGGUGUUAUUGUUUACGAAUGUCAACGAAUAUAUUGGCAAUAAAAGAAAACCGGACA